AGUACUAUAUUUGUAAAGGUAGCCUAAAAACAACUGCUUUAAAAUGAUCGCUGCACCAAUAACUACACAGCCACAAUGGAGAUAUGUGAUACCAUUCAGAGUAUGGGGGAUCGCACACAUUUGCUUUGGAGCUGCCAUCUUUUUAGAAGAAGUUUUUGGAUACAUUAUUUUUUUUCUUAUUAAGAAUGGUUCACCUGGUUCUGAUAUAUACAUGGGAAUAUGGGCUGGAGCUAUAUUCAUGGGUACCGGUGCUCUGGGUGUUCAAGCCAGCAGGUUUCCAGCAAAAGGAGUGAUAAUUGCUGGAUUGGUUAUGUCCGUUAUUUCUGGCCUUCUCAGCUUGGGAGUGCUUAUACUUGCUAUUCGGUUAAUUGUGGUUUACCAUUCAAUGUUUCCAACAGAGAUCUGGGUGCUUUCUGUCCUUAAUAUCAUCAUAGGUUUGGGUGAAACCAUAGUUGCUACUGUGUUUACUGGUUAUUGCUCUGCGGUUGUUUGUUGUGGAAAGGAGGGAUAUGCAGCAGUAUCUGCUAAUGCUGUGCCAAUAACAUAUGUGGCAAACCAACCAGCCACACAAGCAGCAGAUUAUCCAAGACAAGCUCCGCUGCCCCAGAAGGUAGAAGUCUAAUGUGCCGAUCUUUACCUUUAUGAAGAAACCCCUGCUUUACUGCCCAACGGAAUAUUAUCAUUUUCUUUCUAAUAGUGCCCACCCAAUUUCUUUAUUGUAUUAUUAAGACAUUUAUGUACUAUAUUACACACCAUGUCAUUUUAACCUCGUUAGUACUUCUGCUAUUUUAACCUUUUAGUGUUUAUAAUGAAUUAAUGAUAUUGCCUUGCAUGUACAGUGUUUCUGAAACUCUUAAUUGUUUAAGUGUUGGUGCAGAACUCUUACUCAAUCUUUCAUCUAUAAAAUGGAUUUUGAAAAGAUAUACCUCUUCAAUCUAAACUUUAUACACUAGUAAAUAAAGGUGUUGCACUCUAAAAUGAUUGCGGUAAUUUUAUAAGAUAUGAAUCCUCAUUUAAUUGUAUAUUUGUGUGUUGGUGCAUUUUUAGUUAAAUUGUGUACUAGGUUUCAUAAAACCCUUUGGCUGUAAUCCCAAAUUGAUUUUUAUUGUACAUUCAACAACUUUUUUGUACUGCAUCAUGUAUCGAAUUUCGUUUUACUUUGCCAUGAACUUUUGCUUCAUAGAUGUGGGUGGUGAUGCAAAAAAGGUGGGAAGUAGCACGUUGAUAUUACUAGCAAAGAUAACUGAUAUUGCAUGUAAAUGUAUUAAACUUAUGUAUUAAAGUACUAAGUAUGAGCCUA